AUGCCACGUACCUCCGCUCCACGGUCUCAGCCACCACGUUCACUUCCUGUCUCUCUGUCAACGCAAUAACAAUGGCUGCAUUUUUCACCCGCUCACUCCUGGAUCUCCCAACAGUAUCCCUGACAGAUGUGAGCAGAAUUAUCCAGGCUAAUUCAGCCACAGCCACCGCAAGAAAGGACAAAGGAUUUAAACUCUACGUUUCUAAUUAUGUCCAUAAUUAUGAAGAGUGACAAUCCUGAUUACCAUCCUUGGACCAAAAGAAGUGGAACUAGGUCAAAAUGGAUUGUGAUUAAGGAAAUGGAUGACACCGAAAUGCCAAUCAUUGUGAGCCGAUCAAGGAGAGGCAGAUAUCUGGGGUUCAGCAACAGACAUGCCGAAACCAAAUUCUCCCAGUCAGUUUGAUGAUCCUGAUCACCGUUGUGGGGACAGUGGAAAAAGAUCCAAACGGAUACUGGUUAGAGAAAUGGAUGACGCAGAAAUGGAAGUUGAGCAUGAUGGGACCACUAUCCAGCCCAAUGAAAAGGAUUGGAAAAAUGGGGACCAUCUUUCUCUCCAUUCAUUUGAUGAUGAAGAUUUUCUGAAUCCUGUUAUGGAUUGUGCAGUCCAGGUCAUUCCCCCUGGCUCUUUGAGACCAGACCAGGAGACCAGACCCCUGUGGCAGAGAUUCAACAGGCAGGCCAUCAAGGCAUCCCUGGAACUUCUGCAACUUGACAUUGAAGUCACCCAGGAUGUCAUGAACACCGACGCCUACCUGAAAGAGGUGCCUGUUGUGAAGAGCCAGAGGCAAGGCCAGGUGGGUGCAGCCCUGAGACGGUGUGCGAACGAGUUCAGGGGGAGAAGGCUCCAAAAGAUCCAGAAAGACAUGUUGGAACGGAUCUUGACAGAGUUUGAAGGACUUUAUGAAGUAAUGGACUCGGACCACGCUGAUCACAGUGAUGUAGACCUGCAUGAGAAAUGGCAGAGAGAGAUCCAGAAGCUGCACAUGGCGUGCAGGGCGUAUAGGGCCCUCACUGAGAGGAUCGACCAAGUGUGUAGUUCAACGCCAAAGAUCAACCCCUCUGAAGAAGAGAAGUGCACCAUCCAACGCUUUGAUCUAUCUGAGACAGAGAUCACUCCUGUUGAGGAUGCCAUGGAAUCACCCCCGCUGACUCCUCCUACUCCCGAGGCCAUCCUCUUCAAUCAGCAGGUUCCCCGGGCUUUGACUCCUCUUAACUGUGUCACCGUUGGGGUUGUGAGUCCUAGCAGGCCUGAGGCUCCGCCUGCUGUGGGGUAUUUACCACACUCUCGUCUGGGACCAAUCACUAACUUGACCGCUGAUGCAACAAAGCUGCUCCAAGGAGGAUUGGAAGAGCUCCAGCAGAAGAGACGACUGGCAAAGGGGAAAAGAAGGCCAAAGCGAUGUCGUACGUCCAACCACAAAAGCAAAAGGAUGACUCCAAAAACGACGAGAAGGAGAAGAAAAAGAAGAAUGUGGGAAAGAGAUGAAGAAGAAUUACUGAAAACGAGGGCAUGAACAGUUAGGGGCAACAAGCGCCUUCUGGCUCUACAAAACUGCCACCUAUAAUCCAACACCCGGAUGACGUGACCUGUCCUCACUGUGGCUGACUGUUCGCUCCGGGGCCAGCAGAGCAACAUGUCCCCAAAUGUCAGAACAUUAGGAGUCGGCCUCCACCUGGCGCCGAUGAGACUGCGUUCAUUGUAUCUGGGGACAAUACUAACUUUGCUUCAUUCAACAUGACUUUUGUUACAGAUUUUUUGGUGUACUUUCAGUCACGUGACGUUUUUGUUGCGGCCGCCACUUUAGGGACCAAUUUGAAGCCUCUCCCUGGGUCUCCUCAGUGAGAAUGAAUGAUGCCGCACACUAAAUAGCACACCUUACCACCGACGAAAAGCAACAAUAUAUUUUGCAAGAUAAAUACUUGAGGUUUUGAUCCUUAUGUACUGACAAGUGAACUGCUUACUCUACUAAAGUAUAGUAAAAACCAGCCAAAUUUGACGUUUGCUGACAUCUAUAUUUACCUCGUCCACCAUCCCUCUCCAUACACUGGGGAAACCCUUAAGGCAUUUAAAAGCACCGAAGCCUACCGCUACUUCUCAUCAGAUUGGGUUAAUGAUCCCAAAAUGUAUCAUUCUGGAGAUGAAGUCUAUGUUCUUGAUCAUAGGAAGGGUCAGUGGCAGUCUGUUAAUCAAGCAAUAUUAUGAUACACAAAAAGCGUUUAUAUCACUGAACUGAAUUGCCAUCUGAUUCUGUUGUAAUAUCAGUCACAUCAGGACAUCAAAUGAAAAGUAGUUUAACAUACUAACGCCACUCCAACAAGUAGCAACAUAACAUAAUUCAACCAUAGAACUAUAGCCGACGGUUUUCUAUAUAUAUGCUAAACUUAGGUUCGGACACAGGCUUCCAAGACGGCACUGCACGUCUCACUUUAUUUAACUCACUCCGCCAGACCGUCAGAACAGUGACUCCCCUUGUCUCAACGAAAGCUCAUAAUAAAAUACCUUACAUAACUAACAUUACUAAUGUAAAUUGAUAUCAACGUUGUUCUGGACAGCUAGCAUUUAAUAUAGCUAAUGCUAGCAUCUUGUGCUAGCUGUCCAGAAUAACGUUAUACAUGCUCACAUUUUAAAUUAUGUUCUGUAGGAGUCCAGUGAUCCCUCUUGAUAGCAGCAUCCAUUUCUAAUGGUGCUCAGGGUUUUUUGGGGACAUUGUAAAAAGUAAUUUAUGUAUUUAAGAUGGCAUCUUGCAAUUCGGUCCCAAAGAUGGCGCCACAAUCACUGUGUGAGGUCACAUGAAACCCAUGAAUUGAUGGAUUCAAGAUUUGCCCAGUGGGCUACUGUGACUCCUUGUUUAGAUAAUAAUUAACUUGAUUGUAAAUACAUUUACGACCACAUGGAUAUACCACAUAGAUAUACAGCUAUGUGACCUUAAACAAUCGCCGAUGCCCUUCUGAAGUAUACUGAAAACAUUUGAAUGCAUAGAGGACUGAAAAGAAAUGGCUGCAUAGUGAUAACAUUUUAACAACACAUUUAAAUUAACCUUAAGCAGUUUCACAGAAGAAAUCAGACAGAAAUUGUGGUUUAGUGUAUUAUUAUUUACACAAAGCAUGAAGUAAAGGUGCAUCUAUGGAUGGUAGCAAAUUGUACUAGUGACUUAAUCGCUAGAUUUAGCAAUUUAUUUUCCAAAAUGCACCUAGCGACAAAUCUAGCAACGUAUGGACAAACCUUAGCUACUUUUCAUAGAAGAAAGUCGCUGGUCCGUGUGGCCUUGUUUUCCUGCUCCCUAAAUGUGAGACCAUUUGGUCGCAGUCUAGAGCCCUGUAUGGCCCAAGGGUCAACAACUUCACUUCCCCCCACUCUACAAAAAUGAAGCCAAAAUAUCCCAGAUAUGGGUGCUGCCAUCUUCCACUUCUCCUUCACAUUGUUUUCUGAAUCUUCCUCUUGCUUUUUCUCACUGACUUCCUCCACAGUCAGUGGUUUGAUGUAUGACUGGGUCGAUGUAUGACUGUCAUCUGGAUGUCCAGGUUUUCUAUAUUCCUCCUCCCGUCCCUGUCCUUCCUCUCCAACUGUUUAUCACUCGACACCUGCCACUGCAGGCACAGGGUGUGAAGUGUCUUUAUUGAGAGACGCCUGGGACAGAGACUUCUCAGCCCUCCCCUGGAUCUUCUCGUCCUUUUAAGAGGUUAUGCUCGUUGUCUCAUCAGGUCUGUCGGCUGGCUGUGUGACUCCACCUGUGCCUCCCUCCAUGGCAACUAUGCUGGUCCGGGUUACAGCCAGAGCUUAUUCAGCUUGGGAGUGUGCCUGGAGAGACAGUCUGGACUUGUCUUCCUCUUUGGACAAUCUCUCCAGAAGAAAUAGGUGGUUGUCUUCACCGUAACUUCCAAAAGCCCUAGAGAAGCAAAGGCAGAAUCCUGUAACAUCAGUUACGGUUCUCAACAUUACUCAAGAAUAUUCAAAUUGAGUUACGGUUUCACUUUACCUACUAGGUAUCCUAGCUACAAACAAAAAAUCUCAUAGCGACAAGCAACGAAAUUGGCGACUUUCUGCUACUUUGACAACCUCCGUUGACGUUGUUAAGCAGCAGUAAAACUAUCAAAUUGAUGGCCUGCCUUUUCUUGUGACAUGUUUUUAGAAAAUCCACUGCAAACAAAGUUAAAUCCACAGUAGUGAUGUGUCGUUCGUGAACGAUUUGUUCAUUUUGAACGAAUCCUUACAAGGACUCGGAGUAACGAGUCCUCUCAAAGAGUAAUUCCUUUAUUUUCUCGCUCGUCCAAGUAAACAGAAAUGAUUCGUUCAUUUACAGACUCGUUCUGCGGGUACGAGCCUUUGGAUCAUUUCUCACGUGACCUGCAUAGGCUCUGUACUGGUAGCUAGAGGAAACUUAACAAUUCGUUCAUUUCCCGACUCGGUCUUUCAACGAGUGUUUGGAUAAUAUUUCACGUGACCUGCAUUCACGGUUGCCAGGUCUGUGUGACAAAACCAGCCCAAUGGCCAAUCAAAACC